UCAUUAAAGGUGUGAUUAAGUGAAGUUACACUGCAAAUAUGAAACUUCUCACUAACCUAGUCCUUCUGGCAUUCUUUCUUUGCAUCUUUGCAGGAUAUAUAAAAGCUGUCCCAGAAUCUUCUAAUGGACGGGAGCCUAAAUGUGAAUCCUACAUGCUAAAGGGCUGUCCAAGGAUUCGAAGCCCAGUGUGUGGCAGUGACAACAAUUCCUAUGAAAAUGAAUGCCUUCUCUGCUCAGAAAACUUGAAGAGGAACAUUCAUCUUCGUGUCGUCAAAGAUGGAAGCUGCUAAAGAGUGUUUCCCUCAUCACUAAAGAUAAAUCUUAAUGCAUCUCCUAUCUCUGUGCUUUGCUAGCCAGUUCUGUUGUUACAAUAUGCCUUGAUGAGCACCAAAUAAAUGUUUCUGCUCUAUAUACAGUAUACAAUACAACAGUAGAUGGAAUUUUAGUCAUAUAAUGGGUGAUACCUGAAAAAAAUAACUUUUGUCUGAAUUAACAGAAUUAGGAGAUCAGAAACUGCAUUUGCAAAAGAGAACUGAAUCUUUGUAUUAACCCCCCUUUUAUAACCCCUCUAUUAUGCUGGUCUUUGAAAGUAAUCUGUACAAUUCACUUUUCUCCAAUUUCUGGUCACAACUAGCACAUGCAUAGAACAAUCAUGUCUUUGCACUCCACCCUAAGUGAUGGAAGGGGAAAAGUUGGCAUCUACCUAAAUACAAUCCAGUAUGCAACAAAUUGAAGGGAAGGAUUGACCAAACCUAAUUGCUCUGAAUUCAGAACCAUUCAAAAUCCACUCCUAUGGUGGUCAGUUGUGGGGAAAAGUUGGCAUCUACCUAAAUACAAUCCAGUAUGCAACAAAUUGAAGGGUAGGAUUGCUCUGAUUUCAGAAAGAACCUUUCAAAAUCCACUCCUAUGGUGGUCAGUUGUGGAGUUCAUGUAAUUAAAGAUGAAGAUGUUGCUUUGUUCAGGUGCCUAUUCUCUUUCCUAAAGUGGUAUUCCUUUAAUGGGGGCAUGCUUUGUGUAUUUUUCUCCAUUAAAGUAAUGUGCAUCUGUCAUGAAACCUCA